AUGUACAUCAUAAAGACUCUCCUCGGCGACCUGAGUAUGACGGUGCAAACCCCGAAGCGCCAAGCACUGGCGUCCAAACUUCACGCCAAAUCGGUACCUGGAGCCCCAUUGUUUGGUGGCUAUAAUCCGGACUUGGUAGCGCAGGCCUUGAUAGACAGCUGCCAUUUGGUUCAUACUAGCCUGCAUCUGCCGAUUUUUCUUGAGCCAUUCUCCAUUCAGCCGACGACCGGUGGCCAGCGAGCACAGUCAGCAGCCACGGUGAGUUUUAGAAAUAGGAUAAUUACAGUUAAUAACCGUUUGAUUUUAAGCUUGGCGACAGAUAUUCGCUGGCCUUUGUUCGGAUCUAAGUCUCCUUUCACCACUUUUUUGAUUUGUCAGGAGGACAUAGAUAAAACUACUUUGUACACUGCUAUAGUGGUAAUGGUGAUUUUCAGCACCGGACCAUGA